CUGUUCGCCUACAGAUCUUUACUUCAGGAUAUUGGAUUUAAGAAAAUGAUCUCAAAAUGUCCGUCAGAGAUAAAUUCCCAGGAAGAAAUGACAUGACUUCUACUACAAACCAAAUCAAAAGGAAAUGAAAUUCCAUUGCAACAAGGAGUAAAAUGCCACGCCUACGGGCUGUUCUCCAAGCUGCAGCCUCCAGCCACGACUGCAACCCGCAACCCACUUUCAUUUCUCAUGAGUCAGCGGUCACCAUGUCUAGGAGGACCGAGGAAGGGCGCUCUGGCCGUGCCAGACACAUCAGACGUCUAUGGCACAGCCCCUCUAUCCGUUGCCGGCAGCUGGCGCCAGACUCUCUGGUCUCGGUUUGGAAAGCAGCGCGGGAAGUGGGUGGUAGGCGGGCAAGCGGGAGUGGGUUGUCCCUUGGAGCUGCCCAAUCGAGGCGCACUACUCUGUGGGCGCACAGCGGCCCUCAAUUACCGUCUCACCUAACUGAUUUCAGCAUCCUGGGAGACCCCUCCCCUUUGAGCCGUAAGGGGGUGGAGAGGGGGCGGGGCUCCGAGUAUGCCUCCGCUCGGCUGGCUGGAACUUGCAGCAGGGCUGUGAAAGACAGUAGCAGGAGCCAAUCAGCGAGUCGGCUCUUUUUCGGCGCGUGCACUCGCUCCACCCGGGUCGCGACCGUUACUGGUGGCGCGCGCGGGGACUCAAAAUAGGUAUGAAGACACAGGGAGACGUUGGGCCACCAGGGAACCCACUGAGGUGUGGACCAAAGAUGGUGGCUAAUUGAAUUGGAGCCAAGCGUGGUGGGUGCCCGCUGAGUUGGCCUGUCAUAAGGACGGAGUUAACCGCAACCUCCGCCUCUCGGUUUCUCAGUGGAGCGUCCUACUUUCCCUACCUGUCAACAGUUUCCCUCUAGAGUGGCAUCUUUUCAGAUGAUGGAGGACACCCAAGCUAUUGAUUGGGACAUUGAAGAAGAGGAGGAGACAGAGCAAUCCUGUGAAUCCUUGGGGUGUAACUUGGAGCCAGUAGGGCGGCUACAUAUCUUUAGUGGUGCCCAUGGACCAGAAAAAGAUUUCCCACUACACCUUGGGAAGAAUGUGAUAGGCCGAAUGCCUGGCUGCUCUGUGGCCCUGCCCUUUCCAUCUAUCUCCAAACAACAUGCAGAGAUUGAAAUCUCAGCCUGGGACAAGGCACCUAUCCUCCGAGACUGUGGGAGCCUUAAUGGUACUCAAAUCCUGAGGCCUCCUAAGGUUUUGAGCCCUGGGGUGAGUCACCGUCUGAGGGACCAGGAAUUGAUUCUCUUUGCUGACUUGCCCUGCCAGUACCAUCGCCUGGAUGUCCCCCUGCCCUUUGUCUCCCGGGGCCCUCUGACUGUAGAAGAGACACCCAGGGUACAGGGAGGAACUCAACCCCAGAGGCUUCUGUUGGCUGAGGACUCAGAGGAGGAAGUAGAUUCUCUUUCUGAAAGGUGUGUGAUAAAAAAAUCAAGGACAACAUCUUCCUCCGUGGGAAUGAUAGUUCCAGAGAGUGAUGAAGAGGGGAAUUCCCCUGUCCUGGGUGGCCCUGGGCUGCCUUUUGCCUUCACUUUGAACAGUGACACAGUUGCAGAAGAUCAGCAACCAGCCACAGAGGAGGCCUCCUCAGCUGCCAGAAGAGGUGCUGCUAUAGAGCCAGAGCAGUCUGAAGCUGAAGUCACAACUGAAAUCCAGCUUGAAAAGAAUCAGCCUUCAGUGAAGGAGAGGGACAAUGACACAAAAGUCAAGAGGGGUGCAGGGAAUGGGGUUGUUUUAGCUGGGAUGAUGCUGGAGAGGAGCCAACCUCCUGCAGAGGACAGUGACACAGAUGUGGAUGAUGACAGCAGGCCUCCUGGAAGGCCAGCUGAGGUCCAUUUAGAAAGGGUUCAGCCUCUUGGCUUCAUCGACAGUGACACUGAUAUAGAAGAAGAGGGGAUCCCAGCAACCCCAGCUGUAGUUCCUAUGAAGAAGAGGAAGAUCUUCCAUGGAGUUGGUAUAAGGGGUCCUGGAGCACCAGGGCUGGCCCAUCUGCAGGAGAGUCAGGCUGGUAGUGAUACAGAUAUGGAGGAGGGCAAAGCCCCACAGGCUGUCCCUCUGAAAAAAAGCCAAGCUUCCAUGGUGAUCAAUAGCGAUACAGAUGAUGAGGAAGAAGUCUCAGCAGCGCUGACUUUAGCACGUCUGAAAGAGAGUCAACCUGCUCUAUGGAACAGAGAUGCAGAAGAGGACAUGGCCCAACCUGUGGUCCUUCUGCAGCGAAGCCAAACCACCACUGGGAGAGACAGUGACACAGAUGAGGAGGAAAAGCUCCCAGUGGAAAAUAAAGAAGCUGUCCCCAAGGGUCACACAAAGAUUAGAGCCCUUUUUAGAGCGCAUUCAGAAAAAAACCAACAUUCUUUUAGGGACAGUGAUAAGAGUGUGGAAGCAGAUAAGAGUUCACCUGGGAUCCACCUGGAGAGAAGCCAAGCCUCCACCACAGUGGACAUCAACACACAAGUGAAGGAGUCAGCCAUGGUGCCUAUGCAGGGGACAAAUCAAACAGAUGUGGAAGCAGGUGGGGGACGAGAAAAGCUGCUUGUGGUAUCUCUAGAAGAAGCCUGGCCUCCUCCACAUGGGCUCUGUGAAACAGAUGCAGAGGAGGGCACCUCCUUGGCAGCCUCAGCAGUUGCAGAUGUAAGAAAGAGCCAGCUUCCAGCAGAAGGGGAUGCUGGGGCAGAGUGGGCAACAGCUGUUCUUAAGCAGGAGAGAGCUCUUAAGGUGGGGGCCCAAGGUCAAUCACCUGUGGCACAAAUGGAGCAGGACCUCCCUAUCUCAAGAGAGAACCUCACAGAUCUGGUGGUGGAUACAGAUGCUUUAGGGGAAUCCACCCAGCGACAGGGAGAGGGAGCCCAGGUCCCCACAGGAAGGGAGAGAGAACCACAUGUGGGUGGAACCAAGGACUCUAAAGACAACUGUGAUGAUUCUGAAGAUCUGGACCUACAAGCUACCCAAUGCUUUCUGGAGAGAAAGAAUCAGAGCUUAGAAGCAGUCCAGAGUAUGGAGGAUGAACCUACCCAGACCUUCAUGUUGACUCCACCCCAAGAACCUGGCCCUUCCCAUUGCAGCUUCCAGACACCAGGUAGCCUAGAUGAACCAUGGGAGGUCCUGGCUACACAGCCAUUCUGUCUGAGAGAGUCCAAGGACUCUGAGACCCAGCCUUUUGACACCUACCUUGAGGCCUGUGGAUCUUGCCUGUCUCCACCUAGGGCAAUACCAGGAGACCAACAUCCAGAGAGCCCAGUCCACACAGAGCCAAUGGGGAUUCAAGGCAGAGAGAUGCAGACUAUGGAUAAAGAUAUGGGUAUACCAAAAGAAACAACAGAGAGGAUGGCCCCUGAGAGAGUGCCAUUGGAGAGGGAAACUGAGAAACUGAUGCCAGAAAGACAGACAGAUGUAACAGGAGAGGAAGAAUUAACCAGGGGCAUGCAGGACAGAGAACAAAAACAGUUGUUAGCUAGAGACAGUCAGAGACAAGAAUCUGGCAAAAAGGGGGAAAGUGCAAGUCCUAAAAGAAAUAGGGAGAGUUCAAAGGUAGAAAUUCAGACAUCUGAGGAAAUACAGGAGAAAGAAGUAGAGAAGCAGACCCUUCCAAACAAAACAUUUGAGAGAGACGUAGAGAGACCAGUAGCAGACAGAGAGUGUGAGCCAGCUGAGUUAGAAGGGAAGGUGCCCAAAGUGAUCCUGGAGAGAGGCACACAGAGGGGGGAGCCAGAGGGAGGGAGCCGGGACCAGAAAGGGCAGGCCUCCAGCCCAACACCAGAGCCUGGGGUGGGGGUGAGGGACUUUCCAGAACCUGCCUCAGCCCCCAUACCUUCUGGGAGCCAGUCAGGUGAAAGGGGAUCCCCAGUGAGCCCCAGGAGGCAUCAGAAAGGCCUGAAUUGCAAGAUGCCACCUGCUAAGAAGGCUUCCAGGAUCAGAGCUGCUAAGAAAGCUUCCAGGGGUGAUCAGGAAUCUCCAGAUGCUUGUCUGCAUCCUACAGUGCCUGAAACGUCAGCCCCACCCCUAAAGCCCCUUAACUCUCAGAGCCAGAAACGUCUUGCACCUCAGCCCCUUCUUUCUCCCUUUCCACCUUCUAUCGAGCCAACCAUUCCUAAGACCAGGCAAAAUGGGAAUCGGGAAGCUCCAGGGACUCCCUUGUCCUCAGAGCUGGAGCCUUUUCAUCCAAAGCCUAAGAUCAUAACUCAGAAGUCCUCCAGGAUGACACCCUUUCCAGCUACCUCAGCUGCCCUUGAGCCCCAGCCUUCCACCUCCACAACCCAUCCAGACACUCCCAAGCCCACAUCUCAGGCCACUAGGGGCAAGACAAAUAGGUCCUCUGUCAAGACCCCUGAAACAUUUGUCCCCACAGCCCCUGAGCUCCAGCCUUCCACUUCCACAGACCAGCCUGUCACACCUGAGCCCACAUUUCAGGCUACUAGGGGAAGAAAAAAUAGAUUCUCUGUCAAGACCCCUGAAACAGUUGUCCCCACAGCCCCUGAGCCCCACCCUUCCACCUCCAGAGACCAGCCUGUCACUCCCAAGCCCACAUCUCAGGCCACUAGGGGCAAGACAAAUAGGUCCUCUAUCAAGACCCCUGAAACAUUUGUACCUACAGCCCCUGAGCUCCAGCCUUCCACCUCCACAAACCAACUUGUCACCCAUGAGUUUACGUCUUGGGCUACUAGGGGCAGGACAAAUAGGUCCUCUGUCAAGACCCCUGAAUCAACUGUCCCUGUAGCCCCUGAGCUCCCACCUUCCACCUCCACAGACCAGCCUGUCACCCCUGAGCCCACAUCUCGGACCACUAGGGGCAGGACAAAUAAGUCCUCUGUCAAGACUCCUGAAUCAGUUGUAUCCACAGCCCCUGAGCUCCAACCUUGCACCUCCACAGACCAGCUUGUCACCCCUGAGCCCACAUCUCAGACCACUAGGGGCAGGACAAAUAAGUCCGCUGUCAAGUCCCCUGAAUCAGUUGUAUCCACAGCCCCUGAGCUCCAACCUUGCACCUCCACAGACCAGCUUGUCACCCCUGAGCCCACAUCUCGGGCUACUAGAGGAAGAAAAAAUAGAUCCUCUGUCAAGAACCCUGAACGAGUUAUCUCCACAGCCCCUGAGCUCCAGGCCUCCACCUCCACAGACCAGCCUGUCACCCCUGAGCCUACAUCUCAGGCUACUAGGCGAAGAAAAAAUAGGUCCUCUGUCAAGACCCCUGAAACAGUAGUCCCCAUAGCCUCUGAGCUCCAGGCUUCUGCCUUCACAGACCAGCCUGUCACCCCUGAGCCCACAUCUCAGGCUACUAGGGGAAGAAAAAAUAGGCCCUCUGUCAAGACCCCUGAAACAGUUGUCCUCAUAGCCUCUGAGCUCCAGGCUUCUGCCUCCACAGACCAGCCUGUCACCCCUGAGCCCACAUCUCAGGCUACUAGGGGAAGAAAAAAUAGGUCCUCUGUCAAGACCCCUGAAACAGUUGUCCCCAUAGCCUCUGAGCUCCAGGCUUCUGCCUCCACAGACCAGCCUGUCACCCCUGAGCCCACAUCUCGGACCACUAGGGGCAGGACAAACAGGUCCUCUGUCAAGACCCCUGAAUCAGUCGUACCCACAGCCCCUGAGCUCCAGGUUUCUGCCUCCACAGUUCAACCUGUAACCCCUGAGCCUACAUCUCAGACCACUAGGGGCAGGACAAAUAGGUCCUCUGUCAAGACCCCUGAAUCAGUUGUCCCUAUAGCCCCUGAGCUCCAGCCUUCGACCUCCAGAAACCAGCUUGUCACCCCUGAGCCCACAUCUAGGGCCACUAGGGGCAGGACAGAUGGGUCUUCUGUCAGGACCCCUGAACCAGUUGUCCCCACAGCCCCUGAGCCCGUUCCUACAACCUCCAUAGACCAGCCUGUCACACCUAAGCCCACAUCUAGAGCCACUAGAGGAAGAGUAAAUAGGUCCUCUGUCAAGACUCCCAAACCAGUUGAACCAGCAGCCUCUAAUCUUGAGCCUCUUAUCCCCACAGACCUGCCUGUCACCCCUGAGGCCAUAGCUCAGGGUAGUCAGAGCAAAACACUGAGGUCUUCUAUAGUAAGUGCUGUGUCCGUUCCUACCACCCUUGAAUUCCAGUCCCCUGUUACCACAGAUCAGCCUAUUUCCCCUGAGCCUAUUCCUCAAGCUAGUUGCAGCAAGAGGCAGAGAGUCAUUGGGAAUCCUGGCUCCCUCAAAACUCCCAUUGACCAUAAGCCUUGCUCUGCACCCCUGGAAACUAAAUCCCAGGCCUCAAGGAACCAAAGAUGGGGAGCAGUUAGAGAAGCUGAAUCCCUUACAGCCAUUCCUGAGCCUGCCUCUUUCCAGCUUCUUGAGACACCAACUCAUGCCUCCCAGAUCCAAAAGGUGGAAGCAGUAGGUAGAUCUAGGUUUACCUCAGAGCCCCAGCCUAAGGUCUCUCAAAGCCGCAAGAGGCCUUUUGCUACCACGGAUUCACCACCACUUCAAAAACAGCCCCGAAGAGAAGUCUCCCAGAAGACAGUGUUUCUCAAGGAAGAGUUAGAAGAUACUACAGAGAAGCCAGGGAAAGAAGAGGAUGUCAUGACUCCAAAACCAGGCAAGAAAAAGAGAGACCAGGCAGAGGAGGAGCCCAAUAGCAUACAGAGCCGCAGCCUCCGACGGACCAAACUUACCCGGGAAUCAACAGCCCCCAAAGUGCUCUUCACAGGAGUGGUGGAUGCCCAGGGAGAGCGGGCCGUGCUGGCACUGGGGGGAAGUCUGGCUGAUUCAGCGGCAGAGGCUUCCCACCUGGUCACUGAUCGAAUCCGCCGGACAGUCAAGUUCCUGUGUGCCCUGGGGCGGGGAAUCCCCAUUCUCUCCCUGGACUGGCUGCAUCAGUCCCGCAAGGCUGGUUGCUUCUUACCCCCGGAUGAAUAUGUGGUGACUGAUCCUGAGCAAGAGAAGAACUUUGGCUUUAGCCUUCAAGAUGCUCUGAGCCGGGCUCGGGAGCGAAGGCUGCUGGAGGGCUAUGAGAUCCAUGUGACCCCUGGAGUCCAGCCACCACCACCUCAGAUGGGAGAGAUCAUCAGCUGCUGUGGAGGCACUGUCCUACCCAGCAUGCCUCGGUCCUAUAAGCCUCAGAGAGUUGUGAUCACAUGCUCCCAGGACUUCCCUCGAUGCUCUGUUCCACGACGGGUUGGGCUGCCCCUCCUCUCACCUGAGUUCCUGCUGACUGGAGUGCUGAAGCAGGAAGCCAAGCCAGAGGCCUUUGUCCUUUCCCCUUUGGAGAUGUCAUCCACCUGAGACCUCCACUACCCUUUUACCUCCAUUAAAUAAAAUAUUAGAAGAUAUUUGGAAGAAAGAACUUAGGACGUUAGAAAGGAUUGGGGUAUAUUGAUAUGACUUGUCCUGGAACAUAGGGUGGGACCAGAAAUAUUUAUGAAUAAAUGAAAAGAUAAGGCAAUUGGGACCACAGAGUUUUUGUUUUUUUUUUUAAUGGCCAUUUUAUUUUAUCUCUACUUGUAUGUUUUUAUUUGUAUAGAUUUAGGGGCUACAAGAGCAGAUUUCUUGCAUGCAUUUAUUAAAUGGCCAUUUUAAAAUGAGCUUGUUUCAUGCUCAGAUGUCUUAAGUGGCAGCUAUCUUUAGCCAGACUGUUAUUGCUUGUUGGUACUCACGGUGUCCUACCUCCUAUUUGGAAACCAUCUCUAUUGUUUUCUUACUGGGAUUCUUACUUUGGGGUCAGGAACUUGAAGGGAUGCUUAGAGUGAGUAGAUAUGAAAGUCCAGUUAUAGAGUGCUACUCAAACAUUUUUCUCUCUCUCAGUCUCUGGGAGGAUCUUUAGCUUUGACUUUGGGCAAGCCUCUGUACUUUUCUGGCCUGCUUUUCCAGAACUUAUAAAAUUAGACCUUAGGCUUGACCUCUGUGAUAAAUAAAUAUUCACUCUGUGCCUUA